UUUUUGUUCUCUGAAAACUACCUUAAAAAUGGAUACGGACGAAACCUUUGGUUGUUUACCUUCCUUAAUUUGUUCAACUGAAGAUGAUUUUGAUGGUGGUGAAUCCUCUUGGUUUAACAAUCAUUUUGGAGAUGCUAAUGAAGAGUAUAAUUCAGUUAAAUUACACGAAUUGGUCAUUGAAUAUUUGGUAUUUAGUGGAUAUAAGGAAGCAGCCGAUUUAUUAAUAAAAGACGCGGAAUUAUCUCCUUCAUCUGAUACUUCUCAACAAAAGAAAAAUGAUUUGUCUGAUCAAAAAAUUCUUCAAAAUACCAAAAAUGUGGAUACGUUAAAUGAAAGAAGUGCUAUUCAUAACUGUAUAAUAAAUGGAGAUAUUGAAACUGCUAUUCGUUUAAUUGGUGAAAUCGCUCCGAAUUUAUUAAAUUCAAAUCAAAAACUUCAAUUUAAACUGUUACGACAACAAUUGGUGGAAUUAAUUCGAAAUAAGUCAGGUUUUUAA